AUGAAUCAUAACACUAUGAAACACCAUAGGCCAUAAAGAGCCUUAACUACAUUGGAGAAGAAAUAUGAUAGAAGUGCUUUCAUUAAUAGAAAUCCUAAAACUAUGUUGAGAGACCUUUUGUUUGAAUAAAAUGUAUAGUAAAAUUAAUAAUUAAAGAUGUUAUAGACUGAAAUAAGCAAAGAAUAAAAAAUAUAUUCUAUAGACAUACCUGACUUAGAUGAAUAUUUUGGAAUGAAAGAUUAGAUAUAAAUCGAAAAUUGUAUUUAAGAUUGCAAGAAGAAAGUAAAUGUCUGUAAAAACAGAUUGGAACAGUUGAAAUUUAAGAUUAACGAUUAAUAUAUUUAAGAGAUGGAAGAUUAAGACAUAAGCGAAUUUUAAUAAAUUUAACAACCGAAGAAUUGUAAGACAAAACAAGAAGGAAAGGAUUAUUAUUAUUAUUAGAAUAGAAUUCACACUACAAUAAGUGAUAAUUAUUCACAAAAGACAAAUUAAGUCGAUAAAUUCAACUAAACCUUAUAUUUUUUAAUGAGCAAUAGAGAUAGAUCGUUAGAAGAAAAGUCAGAAAAAUUAAAUAAUACUAUUUAAGGACAAAGAUUCUUGGAUGAUACCUAGAAUGACCUCAAGAAAUCGCUUAAUUAUAGUGUUAGAUAAAGCUUAUAACAGAAAAAUAAGUUCCUUUCUAUGUUGUAAUAAUUAUCGAAGGAAAAGGAGAGCAUUGAUAAUGCCAAGAGGAAAAGAUUGCAAAGACUAAGGAAACAAAUAUUGGAAGGAUAGUUUGCAGAAAUAUGA